AUGGAGAAAUUAACAGCAUUUGUAUCAAGAUUUGAAGGGGAAAAAACCAGUUCGUCUGAAGAUAUUGUGGCUCACUCGAGCAGGACAUCAACAAGUUCUCCAGUCUUCAGUUCUUCACAUGCGUUCAAUAUUGCGAACAUUUUGAGCAAAGAAACUGGCAGUAGGUACAGGAAUGAAGUGAGAGGGGAACAUCUGCAAUUAGGUUCCAACAUGCCAGAAGCAAGUAAGUUAGCACACACAGCUUGAAAGCGCUAACCAAUUUCAUCUUUGAUUGAACCAUUGUCUACUGUAUCCUGUUUAAGUGUGAUGCCGGUGUAGGAUUUGAAAUGAUAAAAUGAUUAUUGCCUUUGUUUUGUAAAAGGUGUAACGUAGUAGUUGUACAUAAAAAAUCACUGACACUGUACAUCAUAUUGGCUGUGUCAGUACAGCGACUGGAAACACCCAUGAUGCGUGAGUAACAACUAGUCUUGGAUCUGAGAACCUUGUAUAUUAAAAUCCAUAACUAGAGUCAAUGGCAAUGUGAAUUACCUGUAACUAUAAUAUACCCGAAUAAAAUGUGGCAUAUGAUAGUCGACGCGUAUAAUCACGUAUAAAUUGUAUAAUGCACAACAUUUUGUACCUUAUAAUAUAUAUUAAAUAUGUCAAGAAGUGUGUCUAUAGCCUAGCAAAUUAAACACUAGUGUUCUUUUGAUGUUUAUAUUUGUCAGAAGGGAUCUAUCAGUUGUGAACUGUUACUAGUCUAGCAUUGUAAAGAACAGAAAUAUUUGAGUAUUUCAACAUAAAAUAUUUACUGGUACUGCACUAUGUAUAUUUGCAGGUUCUGGAUGUGAAAGAGAAUCUCACACAGGAGCAAUUCGUGUGAAAAGUUCAAGAAAUAGGAAAAAUUUUAGUGCUGAACAAUUAUCUGAACUGGAAAGAUUAUUUGAUCAAACUCACUACCCAGAUGCCUUCAUGAGAGAAGCUAUAGCGAGAAGACUUAUGUUGUCGGAGUCAAGGGUACAGGUGUGUUUAUGACUUUAUAGUCUUUACUAUAUAUAUAUAUUGACUUUGUAGUGCAAGAGCUGGUAUAAAAUAUGGCACAAAAAGGGGAAAACAUCCAGAGGAAAUCGUCGUCGGUAGAAUGUAUAGUACAUGAUGAAAAUCUGUGUUCCAUUCCUCGAUCAACAGUACUACCGGUAGUGCUAGGAGUCUAGGACCAGGUUCUUAUAUGGAGGUUUCACGUCCUGAAAAUAACCGACCUAUCUCACAUAUUACGCAACUAUAUUGCGUUUAUAUCAAUAUGACAAUAACCAAUAUAAUAAUACUCAAUAAUUUGAUCUUUCUCCGCCCUUCAUGUGUUCUAAACUGUAAUAAUAAAACGAUUGAGAAGCGAUAAAGGGUAUUAACAAAGACACUGAUUAUAAGAGUGUUUUUUUUUACUCCAUCGUUUUCAAAAUUUACCAAGUGGCAGCGUUUUACUUAUGUAUGACACAGGCCACCUACAGAAGGCGGUAAUUAAGAGCAUUAUUGUAUUUACAGUUUAUCGUACAACAGUGUUUAAACGAGCUGGUGUUAAUCCGUUUGUAUAUACAGAGAGUUAAAUGUUGUGGCUAGUACAACACACUGUAAUCUUUUGUACAUUAUCCAAAGAAGUGGUGGGAAAACAGACGACAAGAUUUCCGUUUUGGAUUAACUAUCUCAGUGGUGUUCCUAUCCAAUUAAAACACACUCGCAUUUAAUCAAUUUUAUUGCUGAAUAGGAAUACGCUAAUUAUAAUAAUUGCUACCCGCAUGUCGCGUGAAUGGUUUUACAAUCUCUUCUGACUUCUUAACCUAUGAGCUACAGCUAACAUAUUAAGGCAAAGCCAAAGGUCUUUGAUUAGUAUAAGAUGACUUAGCCAUAGGAACAAAAUAAACUGGCAGAAAUUGGCGAUGUGCAUUCCAGGCACUGCACGUCAGUAAAUUGGCACAAUUAGUACAAUACAUGUCUAUUCAAAAACUUGUAUUCAAGAAAUGUGCACCCGAUUUUGUUUUAUUGCCUAUAUAUUUGUUACAAUACAGUGCAACCUUUACUAAAAGACACUCUGUACAACGGACAGUUGGACACCUCCAUAUAUACAACGGACAGUAUAAGUUCAGGCCACGAUGUUGAAACCUCUUCUGUAAAUUUUAAACAUAAACCUGCUUUCCCGCAGUUAAGCGUUUUUCAUGCAAAAGCCGUGUACGCACGGAAAAGUUUAGGAAAACUUUAGACUUUUUUAAAUUUUAUAUAACUAUAAGUACUAACUUAGUAAUUACCUCAAAAAAUACAAAGUCAGAAAUCAUAAAGAAACUGAAUGCUGCCUAUACCCGAGAAGCUAGCUAGCAAACCACUUGACUAUUCACAAUAUGAAUACCUUGGCAGUCCUUGCACGCUUCCCUUAUUGUCUAUAUACCUUCGGACCUACAUAUAGUUGUGGAUACUUUCGGACCAAACUAAGCAAAGGCAAAGCUUGCUAGCUUUGCUACGAAAGUAUCCACAUUUACAUGCAGGGGCCUGUUGUUCGAAAGCCGUUUAGCUUAACCCUAUAGGUUAAAUUAAAAUUCAAAGCAAACUUCCCAACAGCUUGUUUACAAAUUUGUUCAGAAAUCUUGUCUGGUUAGUAUAUAGGACCUUUCUUGUCCGAAAUAAACAGACGUGCAGAAACACAUGAACUAAAACAGCAGGUUAAAUUUUAAUCAUGCAAGGGUUAGCAGUAAUCCAUGCAGCUUUGAACAACCAGCCCCAGAAGUGUGAAGAUUGUUCCAUUUAUUGGUUUCAGAUUUGGUUUCAAAACCGUCGAGCCAAAUCACGACGGCAGGAGGUGAACUCCAACCGAGGAACUGGUCUACCUGCCACAAAAACUACAUAUAGCGAAAAUCAUGCACUGCAAGAGCUCUUUCAAAGAUGGUCUCAUAGACCUUAUACAUUUCCCACUUUAAACCUUCAUUCACCUGGCUCAUCGUUAAUACCGCUCACCCAUGAUCACAGAGAAGCAUAUUGCGACAGGUCAACUGCAUUGAAAAACUCUCAACGACAAUCAAGUAUUGCUGAACUUCGAAUGAAAGCAAGACAACAUACAGAAACAUAUAUGAGCAAUCAUUAA